AUGGAUUCAUCUAGAGGCCCUCCGCGGGUCAAGAACAAGGCCGCCGCGCCUGUUCAGAUAUCUGCCGAACAGCUUCUGCGUGAAGCCGUGGACAGACAGGAGCCGGGCCUCCAAGCACCGACACAGCGGUUCGCCGAUCUCGAAGAACUCCAUGAAUUUCAAGGCCGGAAGAGGAAGGAGUUCGAAGACUAUGUACGCCGCAACAGAAUCAACAUGAACAGUUGGAUGCGAUACGCGCAAUGGGAACUAGAACAAAAGGAAUUCCGGCGUGCGAGGUCAAUCUUCGAGCGAGCGCUGGAUGUGGAUAGCACCAAUGUGCAGCUGUGGAUUCGGUACAUCGAAGCAGAAAUGAAGACCAGGAAUAUCAACCAUGCACGGAAUUUACUGGACAGGGCGGUUACGAUCUUGCCUAGAAUCGACAAGUUGUGGUACAAGUAUGUCUAUAUGGAGGAGACGCUUGGGAAUGUGCCUGGAACACGACAAGUCUUCGAACGCUGGAUGAGCUGGGAACCUGAUGAGACAGCUUGGCUAGCAUACAUUAAACUUGAGAAGAGAUAUGGAGAAUAUGAUCGCGCUCGUGCUAUUUUUGAGCGAUUUACAGUCGUUCACCCCGAACCCCGGAACUGGAUCAGAUGGGCGAAGUUCGAGGAAGAGAAUGGGACAAGCCAAUUGGUGCGCGACGUGUUCGGCGUCGCCAUCGAGAGUCUAGGUGAUGAUUUCAUGGACGAGAAACUUUUUAUCGCAUACGCACGAUACGAAGCGAAACUGAAAGAGUACGAGCGGGCCCGAGCUAUCUACAAGUAUGCACUGGACAGGUUACCACGUUCUCAGUCAGUGGCACUGCAUAAAGCUUACACACAAUUCGAGAAGCAAUUCGGCAAUCGCGAGGGAGUUGAAGAUGUGAUCCUCGCGAAACGCCGGGUACAAUAUGAGGAACAACUCAAGACCAACCCACGGAAUUACGAUGUAUGGUUUGAUCUUGCGAAAUUGGAAGAAGCUGGGGGUGAUGUCGAUCGGAUACGAGAUGUGUACGAGCGGGCCAUUGCACAGAUCCCACCCUCCCAGGAGAAGCGUCAUUGGAGAAGGUACAUCUAUCUAUGGAUCUUUUACGCCUUAUGGGAAGAAAUGACAAACAAGGACGUGGAACGGGCAAGGCAGGUCUAUCAGGAAUGCCUCAAGCUUAUCCCACAUAAGAAAUGGACAUUUGCCAAGAUCUGGCUUAUGAAGGCACAAUUUGAAAUUCGACAGAUGCAAUUACAGGCUGCAAGAAAGACUCUUGGUCAAGCGAUCGGCAUGUGUCCCAAAGAUAGCCUUUUCCGAGGUUAUAUUGAGCUUGAGAAGCAGCUGUUCGAGUUUGUGAGGUGUCGGACUCUUUUUGAAAAGCAAAUCGAGUGGAACCCGUCCAAUGGUCAGUCAUGGAUUCAGUUUGCUGAGCUCGAGCGAGGACUCGACGACUUGGAACGAGCCAGGGCGAUUUUCGAAUUGGCUAUUGAUCAACCUACCCUCGACAUGCCGGAACUGGUCUGGAAAGCGUACAUCGACUUUGAGGAAUAUGAAGAGCAGUAUGACCGUGCUCGAGCAUUAUAUGAACGCUUGCUCAGCAAGACGGACCACGUCAAGGUAUGGAUCAACUACGCGCGGUUCGAAAUCAACGUCCCGGAUCCCAACGAGCCGGAGGUCGAAGGCGAGGAACAGAAAGUAAGCGAAGAUGCAAAAGCAAGGGCUCGCAAGAUCUUCGAACGCGCACAUGAUUUGUUUAAAUCCAAGUCAAUGAAGGAGGAAAGAGUAGACCUGCUAAACGCGUGGCGCUCAUUUGAACAGACUCACGGAUCACCCGAAGAUAUUGAGAAGAUUGAGAAACAGAUGCCACGCAAGGUCAAGAAGAGGAGAAAGAUCGAAGAGGAUCGAUUUGAGGAGUAUAUUGAUUACGUGUUCCCGGCGGAUGAUGAGAGUGCGGCGAAGAUGUCGAAACUGCUGGCGAUGGCACAUCAAUGGAAGGCGAAGCAGACGAAUGGAUCGGCAGAAUAG